GAUAUUGAUAUCCUUGCAUAAGGCCGAGUGAUAAUGGACCACAACAUAACCGAGACCAGCGUCAAGUUCAGCCAGCCAUUUUUCGCUAACGUUUGCAAACUAAUUGACUGGUUCCCGAAGUUCAAGUGUAGGAUCUAAUUAUGGAGUUGCCACUGGCGUUAGUUAUCCUGUGUAUGGUCGUUCCUGGAAUCAUUUACUCACAAGAUGACGGCUGCGUUUCAUAUGACGCGAAACCUUACUCCAGCUUUAACACAUGGAAUCUCUUCGUCCUGUACCCGAGAAAGAACCCGGACAUGCUGAUUACUAACGUGGAGAUCGUCCGACGUGACUUCUACCGCUGUAAGAUGACACAAAACGGGGUGGAGAUCGUCUUCUACGGACAUAAUGGAACUCAUUACUGGGUGGAAAAGGGAUGUGCUGGUGACUUCAGGAUCACUGAAUGCCCAGAACACAAAUUCAACAUGGCUGCUGCUUUAGAAAGCGGUGACGGCCUAGCAACCUCAGUUUCAUCCAAAGGCGCCAAUCCCGGAGGCUUUGAGGGCAUUUCAGCAUCCAACCUGUUUCACGGAUUCGGCAGUACAUUCGACAAAUUAAAAAACCAGUGGCAACAUUUUUCUUUAUCUUAAAUCGGCAAAUACAUGUACAGCCUACACUGUCAGUUUCAGCUAAUUCUGAAAUAAAAUAUAACGUGACUUGA